AUGAGUGAGGAGCCCGAUGCGCUGUCUGUAGUUAACCAGCUCCGAGAUCUAGCAGCUGACCCAUUGAACAGACGGGCCAUUGUUCAGGAUCAAGGAUGCCUGCCAGGUCUUAUUCUGUUUUUGGACCAUCCCAACCCUCCAGUUGUUCAUUCAGCUUUACUAGCUCUCCGCUAUUUGGCAGAGUGCCGUGCCAACAGAGAAAAGAUGAAAAGUGAACUGGGUAUGAUGCUCAGCUUACAGAAUGUAAUACAAAAGUAA